AUGCGUCCACUCUGGAGGCACCUCAUCCUCCUCGGAUUGCUGGUCUUGCCCUUGGCACUGCCCAGUCAGCGUUGGCCUGGCCUGGCCAAGGCCCACACGGACAGCAAAUCUACCCUGGCAAGAAUUAUUGCCCAGGGCCUCAUGAAGCACAAUGCAGAGAGCCGAAUCCAGAGCAUCCACCUCCUGGACAGUCUGAAUGCGUUGGGGCAGAUGUCCCCAGGGGUGGUGGGCUGGCUGAUCAGCAGCAUGAAGCCCCAGCAGCAUCAAGUGGACAGUAUCAACAUCACCAACAUUCAGCUGGACUAUGGCGGGAUCCAGAUGUCUUUCCACAAGGAGUGGUUCUCGGCAAACAUCUCACUUGAAUUUGACAUUGAACUGAGACAGCCCUUCAAUGACAACAUCCUAAAGUUGUGUGCACACGUGAACCUCUCUGUGGAGUUCUGGCUGGAGAAAGACGAGUUUGGCCGGAGGGAUCUGGUGAUGGGCAAAUGCCGUGCAGAGCCCAGCAGUGCCCACAUGACAGUGCUAACUGAGGCUGUCCCACCAAAGAUGAAACCUUUUCUCCACAAUCUCAAAGAGAACUUAGAAAAAGUUAUCCCACACCUGAUAGAAAACCAGGUAUGUCCUCUGAUCGGUGAAAUCCUCAGGCAGCUGGAUGUGAAACUGCUGAAAAGCCUCACAGAUGAGUCUGCUGCUCAUGAAUUCAGCCAUCCAUGA